UUAAAAACUCAGCCCUCAGAGAGUAUAAACAUUUUAGUCUGAAAACUGUGUCAAUGAGGUUCAGGUAACACAACUUGUGUCACGUGACCCGUUCUCACAGGAUGGGAAGUUUAACAGCGGCAGGAGGUCGUGGUUUACAUGUUGCUGUUGAAGUUGAUCUAAAAUCAGAACCAUAACAAACAUAACAUAUGUUCUAUUAGCAGCAGAACAUUCCGUGUCAUCACGUUGUACACUCUUAAUGAUGUCAUUUCACUACGUUGGGGGAGUGGGGGAGCCCUUCUGUGUGGAGUUGUGCUCCAACAUGUUCUCCCCGUGUCAGCGUGGGUUUCCUCCAGGUGCUCUGACAUGUUCUCCCUGUGUCAGCGUGGGUUUCCUCCAGGUGCUCCGACAUGUUCUCCCUGUGUCAGCGUGGGUUUCCUCCAGGUACUCUGACAUGUUCUCCCUGUGUCAGCGUGGGUUUCCUCCAGGUGCUCUGACAUGUUCUCCCUGUGUCAGCGUGGGUUUCCUCCAGGUGCUCCGACAUGUUCUCCCUGUGUCAGCGUGGGUUUCCUCCAGGUACUCUGACAUGUUCUCCGUGUGUCAGCGUGGGUUUCCUCCAGGUGCUCCGACAUGUUCUCCCUGUGUCAGCGUGGGUUUCCUCCAGGUGCUCCGACAUGUUCUCCCUGUGUCAGCGUGGGUUUCCUCCAGGUGCUCUGACAUGUUCUCCCUGUGUCAGCGUGGGUUUCCUCCAGGUGCUCCGACAUGUUCUCCCUGUGUCAGCGUGGGUUUCCUCCAGGUGCUCUGACAUGUUCUCCCUGUGUCAGCGUGGGUUUCCUCCAGGUGCUCCAGCUUCCUCCCACAGUCCAAAGACAUGCAGGUUAAUUGGUGACUCUAAAUUGUCCGUAGGUGUGAAUGUGAGUGUGAAUGGUUGUCUGUCUCUAUGUGUCAGCCCUGUGAUAGUCUGCUGACCUGUCCAGGUGAACCCUGCCUCUCACCCAGUGUCAGCUGAGAUAGGCUCCGCCCCCUGUGAACAGGAUAAGCGGUUCCAGAUAAUGAACGAAAACAUGAGAUUGUCGUGUAAUUUUUUUCCUGUGACACAUUUUCAGUACUUUAAUCAGUGUUUAUUGACUCGCAGAAGUUUUUAGUUGUACAGAUUUUCUGUGUAUGAACCAAUGCAGGAAAUGACAUCACAAUAAGCAUAAAUACCAGCGUAGGCCUUGGAGGACUGUUUCUAUUGCAGGGUUUAAAUGGCUUCCUGUCACUAACAUUCUCCUCCUCCUC